CCACAUUCCGAAUUCCCUAUCUAUCUGAUCGACCCUUCUUCUUUUUAAACUUCCAUCAAAAGAAAAAGGAUAUAUUGAGGAUUUUUAAAAAUAGCUGCUUUCUACGGAACCGUUUUUGCGAAUAAAUUCCGGACCCCGUCCCUUUGAACGCGGAAAGGACUUGAAGCUGGAGGGAGAGAAAAGAGUUUUGCAAAGAAUAGCGAUUAGGAAAAACUAGAGAAGAAAGAUCGUGGUUGUGUUGUCUGUGCGUGGUUAACAAAACGACAAAAUCAUGGAUCCGGUCACGUCGGGAUUGGACCCCACGGUUCCUAUUGAGACGUUCGCCAACGCCAGUAUCCCUACCGGCGGCGAUUCACGGUUAUACAACCUCAAUGUCUUCUACAAUCCCGGCGAUAUCGCAUGGAUGAUUACUUCGACCGCACUCGUGCUGCUUAUGAUUCCGGGCGUAGGCUUCUUCUACUCAGGCCUCGCACGCCGAAAAUCCGCCCUAUCUCUCCUAUGGCUCUCCAUCAUGGCCACAGCCGUUGUCUCUUUCCAAUGGUUCUUCUGGGGCUACUCGCUCGCCUUCUCCCACAAAGCCGGUCGCUACAUUGGCGCGCUGGACAACUUUGGUCUCAUGAACGUCCUCGGCGCCCCCUCAGUCGGUAGUCCACGUAUCCCUGAUUUACUAUUUGCCGUGUACCAAGGCAUGUUUGCUGCCAUCACUGUUGCCCUUGCAGUAGGCGCCGUCGCAGAACGCGGCCGCAUGCUCCCCUGCAUCAUCUACAUGUUCAUCUGGACAACCGUCAUCUACGACCCCAUCGCCUGCUGGACCUGGAACCCCUCGGGCUGGGUCUAUAACAUGGGCGGCCUCGACUUCGCCGGCGGAACCCCCGUGCAUAUCGCAUCUGGAUGCGCCGCUCUAGGCUACUCGUACAUGCUUGGCAAGCGCAGCGGACACGGGACCCAGGAGCUCAACUAUCGCCCGCACAAUGUCACGCAUAUUGUUAUUGGCACUGUUUUCCUGUGGGUGGGUUGGUUCGGGUUCAAUGCGGGUUCCGCGUUGUCUGCUAAUCUGCGGGCUAUCAUGGCGGCUGUGUGCACGAAUUUGGCGGCGUGUGUUGGGGGCAUCACUUGGUGUCUGGUUGACUACCGUCUCGAGCGCAAGUGGUCCACUGUUGGUUUCUGCUCUGGCGUCAUUGCAGGGCUCGUCUGUAUUACCCCCGGCUCUGGAUACGUGCCUGCCUGGGCGGCCGUCGUGUUUGGUGUCUGCGGCGGAAUCGCUUGCAACUACGCCACCAAGCUCAAGUACUUCUUGCGCUGUGACGAUGCUCUGGAUAUCUUCGCCGUACACGGCGUCGGUGGCUUCAUUGGGAACAUCCUAACUGCCUUUUUCGCUACCGACUACAUCGCCCACCUCGACGGCUACACCGUCAUCGAAGGCGGCUGGCUAAAUCGGCACUGGAUCCAAAUCGGCUACCAACUCGCAGACUCCUUUGCCGGCGGCGCCUACUCCUUCAUCGGCACCUGCCUCAUCCUUGGCAUCUUGGAUUUCCUCGGUCGCUAUAUCCCCGCGCUGCGUCUGCGCGCAACUGAAGAAGAAGAAGCUGCCGGUAUCGACGAUGUUGAAAUUGGAGAGUUUGCUUAUGACUACGUCGAGCUCACCCGCGAAAUCAAAGUCCCCGAUGAUGACGACGACCGCGACGACGACGACAUCAUGGACGAAGGUGUUUCAAUGCAAGGCCUUGAGGGCCGUGGCGCUGGAAUGCCCAUGUCCAGUCAUCACCAUGAGAAGAAUCAGGGAUCUGUUGAUUCGUCGAAUCAGCAGCUUGCAGAGUGGGCGCAUGGGCAUUGAGUUUCCCUUUCCCCCCCUCCCUACUCUGUCUCGUUUUGAUUGGAUUUCCGCGUAGAAAUUUUAUGGCUUGUUAUAUACCACUUUUCACUUUUUGUUGUUCUUGUUUCUUUUUCUUAUAUGUAUACGUCCCUGUAUCUUUGAUAUGAAUAUAUGUAGUAGCAACAUGAAUAAGCAUGUAAUGUCUUUUUGCUUUCUGCUUCUUAUGGGAUUGCGU